UUUACCCAAAAACGCCCCCGGCGUCUUCCCCAACGAGAUCUGCGAAACCCUGAAAGCAAUCGGUCAUCGAGCGAAGAAAACUCCAAACAAAAAGCCCUCUCUUUUUCCAUCGCGAUUCGGAUCUUAACGGGUUUGGGUUUUCUGAUAAUGUGAAGCUUUUAACGGCUGAACUUUGGUUCGGAUCCAAUCUGUUUCAGCUGUCGAAGCUCCGGUUGCAUUUGGAUAAUCCUUCGAUUUGAAAUCUGGUCACGUGGAGUUGGAUUCGAUUUGAUCUGAGAGCGGCAUUGCGGCUUUGGGGUUUGAUUAGCGAAGAUGGAUUUGUCUGUUAUAAGUGAGGAUCUGGCGGAGAUCGAAGGGCAGAUCAGCGAUCUCUUUCGGGCUUUGUCGAAUGGGUUUCAGAAAUUGGAAAAGGUCAAAGACCCUAAUCGCAGAAGUAGGCAGCUGGAGGAACUGACGGAUAAAAUGCGAGAAUGCAAGAGGCUUAUCAAAAAUUUUGAUAGAGCAGUGAAGGAAGAGGAGGGCAGAACUACUGCUGACACCAACAAAAUGCUGAGUGACAAAAAGCAGUCAAUGAUUAAAGAGUUGAACUCAUAUGUUGCUCUAAAGAAGCAGUAUGCCAGUAGUCUUGACACUAAAAGAGUUGAUCUCUUUGAUGGCCCCAGUGAAGCGGACCAUGAUGAAAACAAUGUUCUGUUGGCUGCAAAUAUGAGCAAUCAACAAUUAAUGGACAAUGGUAACAGGAUGAUGGAUGAAACAGAUCAAGCUAUUGAGCGAUCAAAGAAGGUAGUUGAAGACACAGUUAAUGUUGGGGCUGAGACUGCAGCUGCUCUCAAGGCACAGACUGAACAAAUGAGCAGAAUUGUUAAUGAACUUGACUCAAUUCAUUUCUCGAUCAAGAAAGCAACUAAACUGGUUAAAGAAAUUGGCAGACAGGUUGCAACUGAUCGUUGUAUAAUGGCCAUGCUCGUCCUGAUUGUAAUUGGUGUAAUAGCAAUUAUCAUUGUGAAGAUUGUUAACCCUCAUAACAAGGCGAUCCGUGAUAUACCUGGACUUGCGCCACCAGCUCAAUCUAAUCGAAAACUUCUGUGGGAUUUGAAUGAAACAUAACUCCUUGCAUCAUAUGUUCCUUCCCCUAAUUUUCGACUAUGGACAUCGAUCAUCUUUGUAGUGCUUGAUGUUUUGGUGGGUGGUGAUUCUUUGCGAAACAUUGUACUUGUUGUAUUACCUUCAUUUUUAAUAGACAAACACUAAAUUUCAUUUGUGUAAUACCAUUUGUAAUACAUAAACUUUCUACUCUGAAAUACAAAGUUCCCUUGAGUGCAUUGCUAUUA